CUUGUUUUGCGGUGCAAAACGUCGUGUUUCGUAGUAUUUGUUCUGUAGUGAACAACGUUUUAAUAAUUUAUUUUAUAUACUAAUAAUUAGUUGAUAAUUUCACUUUAAAAAUACAUAACCAUGUAUUCUUUUGAUGAUAAAUCAUUCGAUGAAGAAGAAGAUAGAGAGAUCUCACCGAAGUUAUGGCAAGAAGCAUGUUGGAUUGUCAUCAACGCUUAUUUUGAUGAAAAAGGUCUCGUUCGACAACAGCUUGACAGCUUUGACGAAUUUAUUGAAAUGUCUGUUCAACGAAUUGUCGAAGACUCUCCACAAAUUGAUCUAGUAGCUGAAGCUCAACAUAUUUCUGGAGAAAUAGAGCAACCAAUCAGACAUUUACUGAAAUUUGAACAAAUUUAUUUAUCAAAACCGACUCAUUGGGAAAAAGAUGGUGCUCCAUCUGCAAUGAUGCCAAACGUAGCUAGAUUGCGCAAUUUAACUUAUUCAGCUCCAUUGUACGUUGACAUAGCAAAAACAAUUAUUAAAGAUAAAGAAGAACCAAUAGAAACUCAACAUCAAAAAACAUUUAUUGGUAAAAUUCCUAUUAUGUUAAGGUCAAAAUAUUGUUUACUUGCUGGUCUAUCUGAUCGAGAUCUUACAGAAUUGAACGAAUGUCCAUUAGAUCCUGGUGGAUACUUUAUUAUUAAUGGAUCUGAAAAAGUAUUAAUCGCUCAGGAAAAAAUGGCUACAAAUACAGUUUACGUUUUUAGUAUGAAAGAUGGAAAAUAUGCUUACAAAGCAGAAAUUCGGUCAUGCUUAGAGCAUAGUUCUCGUCCUACAUCAACAUUAUGGAUUAAUAUGAUGGCUAAAAGUGGUGCAAGCAUAAAAAAAUCAGCUAUUGGACAAAGAAUAACUGCAAAUAUUCCAUAUGUGAAACAAGAAAUUCCAAUCAUGAUUGUUUUCCGAGCUCUAGGUUUUGUAGCAGAUCGUGAUAUUCUGGAACACAUCAUUUAUGACUUCGAUGAUCCUGAAAUGAUGGAGAUGGUGAAACCUUCAUUAGAUGAAGCUUUUGUAGUUCAAGAACAAAAUGUUGCUUUAAAUUUUAUUGGUAGUCGAGCAGCAUCGGCUGGAGUUACAAAAGAAAAACGUGUUAAAUAUGCUAAAGAAAUUUUGCAAAAAGAAAUGCUGCCUCACGUUGGUAUCAGUGACUUUUGUGAAACAAAGAAAGCUUAUUUCCUUGGUUACAUGGUUCAUAGACUUUUAUCAGCUUCUUUGGGUAGAAGAGAGCUCGAUGAUCGGGAUCAUUAUGGAAAUAAACGUUUGGAUUUAGCUGGUCCUCUUUUGGCUUUCUUAUUCAGAGCAUUAGUUAAAAAUUUGAUGAAAGAAGUCCGAAUGUACGCUCAGAAAUUCAUCGAUCGUGGAAAAGAUUUUAACUUAGAGCUCGCUAUCAAAACAAAAAUUAUAACUGACGGUUUAAGAUACUCUUUAGCUACUGGAAACUGGGGCGAUCAGAAAAAAGCUCAUCAAGCUCGAGCUGGAGUAUCUCAAGUAUUGAAUAGAUUAACUUUUGCUUCUACUUUGUCUCAUUUAAGACGAGUUAAUUCACCAAUUGGUCGUGAUGGAAAACUUGCUAAACCUAGACAACUCCAUAAUACACUUUGGGGAAUGCUAUGUCCUGCUGAAACUCCUGAAGGAGCUGCUGUAGGAUUAGUAAAGAAUCUUGCUUUAAUGGCAUAUAUUAGCGUUGGUUCUCAACCAUCGCCAAUUUUAGAGUUCUUGGAGGAAUGGUCUAUGGAAAAUCUUGAAGAAAUAGCCCCUUCUGCUAUUGCAGAUGCUACAAAAAUAUUUGUUAAUGGCUGUUGGGUUGGUAUACAUCGAGAUCCAGAUCAAUUGAUGUCUACAUUAAGAAAACUACGACGUCAGAUGGAUAUUAUUGUAUCUGAAGUAUCAAUGAUUCGUGAUAUACGUGAUAGAGAAAUUAGAAUUUAUACAGACGCUGGAAGAAUUAGUCGACCAUUACUUAUCGUAGAAAAUCAACAAUUAUUACUUAGAGAGUCACAUAUUAAAGACUUGAAAAAAAGUCAAUAUAACAACGAUGGUUGGCAACAUUUAGUUGGUAGCGGAGUAGUAGAAUAUAUCGAUACUCUUGAAGAAGAAACAGUGAUGAUUGCUAUGUCUCCAGAUGAUUUAAGACAAGAAAAAGAGUACGCUUAUUGUACAACAUAUACUCAUUGCGAAAUUCAUCCUGCAAUGAUUUUAGGUGUUUGUGCUUCUAUCAUUCCAUUCCCUGAUCACAAUCAAAGUCCUAGGAACACCUAUCAAAGUGCUAUGGGUAAACAAGCUAUGGGAGUCUACAUUACAAAUUUCCACGUUAGAAUGGACACUUUAGCUCAUGUUCUCUUUUAUCCACAUAAACCUUUGGUUACUACUAGAUCUAUGGAGUACUUAAGAUUCAGAGAAUUGCCAGCAGGAAUCAAUAGCAUUGUUGCUAUUUUAUGUUACACAGGAUAUAAUCAAGAAGACAGUGUUAUUCUCAAUGCUAGUGCUGUUGAAAGAGGUUUCUUUAGAUCUGUCUUCUAUAGAUCUUAUAAAGAUGCAGAAUCAAAAAAAAUUGGAGAUCAAGAGGAACAGUUUGAAAAGCCAACAAGACAAACUUGUCAAGGAAUGAGAAAUGCUAUUUAUGAUAAGCUUGAUGAUGAUGGAAUUAUUGCGCCAGGAAUCCGUGUCUCUGGUGAUGAUGUUAUUAUUGGUAAAACAAUCACUCUUCCUGAAACAGAUGAUGAGCUUGACAGUACAACUAGACGAUAUGUCAAGAGAGAUGCAUCAACGUUUUUGAGAAAUAGUGAAACUGGAAUUGUUGAUCAAGUUAUGUUAACUUUGAAUAGUGAUGGAUACAAAUUUUGUAAAAUUCGAGUUAGAAGUGUUCGUAUUCCACAAAUUGGAGAUAAAUUUGCAUCUCGGCAUGGACAAAAAGGUACCUGUGGUAUUCAAUAUCGUCAAGAAGACAUGCCUUUCUCUUGUGAAGGUCUAACCCCAGACAUUAUCAUCAAUCCACACGCCAUUCCAUCUCGAAUGACCAUUGGUCACUUGAUUGAAUGUAUUCAAGGCAAAGUAUCUGCAAAUAAGGGAGAAAUUGGUGAUGCUACACCAUUUAACGACGCUGUUAAUGUCCAAAAAAUCUCAACACUUUUGCAAGAAUAUGGAUAUCAAUUGAGAGGCAAUGAAGUAAUGUAUAAUGGUCAUACUGGUAGAAAAAUCAAUGCUCAAGUAUUUCUUGGACCUACUUACUAUCAGAGAUUGAAACACAUGGUAGAUGACAAAAUUCAUAGCCGAGCUAGAGGACCUGUACAGAUUUUAGUGAGACAACCUAUGGAAGGUCGUGCAAGGGAUGGAGGUUUACGUUUCGGUGAAAUGGAGCGUGAUUGUCAAAUAUCUCAUGGAGCAGCUCAAUUUUUGAGAGAAAGACUUUUCGAAGUUUCUGAUCCAUACCGUAUACAUAUUUGUAACUUCUGUGGAUUGAUCGCAAUAGCUAACUUGCGGAAUAAUACAUUCGAAUGCAAGGGAUGCAAAAAUAAAACACAAAUUUCACAAAUUCGACUUCCGUAUGCUGCUAAACUUUUGUUCCAAGAAUUGAUGUCAAUGAACAUUGCUCCACGACUCAUGGUAUCAUAACUUAAUUUGUAUAAAGUAAAGAAGCAUAGAAAGCUGUUUAGUUUUAAAAUAAAAUUUAUUUCUAUUUUCUGGAUAUUAAUAA